CCGUGACCAGGGCUGUCCAGUGUCCAGUAACAGUUGUUCACCACUUUGAAUCUUUUAAGUAGUUACUUGACUAGAUGCCCCAGUAGGGCACGACGUAUCCACUGCCUCGUGUCAAGUCCCAGUUCUUGUCUUUCCCUUGAGAGACAGGUCAUGGCUCGUAUCUAUGCCGGUGCGAAUGCACAACUGGGACGCUCGUGGUAUGACUAUGACAAUUUCCGAAUCGAGUGGAGUUCUCCCGACCGCUAUGAGAUCGUCGAUCGUGUAGGAGGCGGGAAGUAUAGCGAGGUGUUCGGAGGGUUGGAUACCGCUAACUCCGAGACAUGUAUCAUCAAAGUACUCAAGCCUGUAGCAGCAAAGAAGAUCAACCGUGAAAUUAAGAUUUUACGCAACCUCACUGGAGGUCCAAAUGUUGUUGCCCUUCUUGACGUCGUUCAAGAUCCUUCAUCAAGAUACCACAGCUUAAUCAUGGAAUAUGUGGAUAAUGUAGAGUGGAAAUCGCUAUAUCCAAUCCUUGGCGAGGUAGAUAUCAAGUUCUAUACUUUCCAGCUCCUUAAGGCCUUGGAUUUUGUGCAUUCGCGAGGAAUCAUGCAUCGUGAUGUGAAACCGGGAAAUGUCAUGAUUGAUCACCGACACCGGAAACUACGCGUCAUUGACUGGGGACUUGCUGAAUUCUAUCAUCCUGGGACAGCAUAUCAUAUUCGGGUGGGUUCACGGUACUACAAAGCGCCCGAGCUGCUCGUGGGGUAUAAGCUGUACGAUUACAGCCUUGAUCUGUGGAGCAUAGGAUGCAUGCUUGCUUCGAUGCUGUUUCGCAAAGAACAUUUCUUCCGUGGUUCGGAUAAUAAUGACCAACUCUUGAAAAUCAUGAGAGUUCUAGGAUCUGACAGUUUCGAUGCCUACUUGAAGACAUAUGAUAUACCAUUUGAAACAGACAUGGAAGCCCUUCUGCACUCUUAUCCAAGACAGCCUUGGGCACGUUUUGUUAAUGCUGAAAACCAGCAGUUUGUGACGUCAGAGGCACUGGACCUUCUUGACAAAUUACUUCGUUAUGAUCAUCAGAAACGGCUAACAGCACGGGAGGCUCAAGCCCAUCCAUAUUUCAAUCUGGUCAGACUCGAGGCAGCAUCAAUUAAAGGAGACUCAGCAGAGUACGUUAACGACUCUGGAUUCUGCUCUAUGUAAAGGAACUAGGGGGGUUAUUUAUGUAGGUGUACUCCUGGAUCUCACGCUUGUAGAGAAGUUGUGUAUCGGACGAUGUUGUCACUAUUAGGGUCAAGACACUUAUGCUGGAGAAUGUGAUCAGAAUUCAAGCACGCGGUGACUGCAUCAAAACAGGAA